UUUAAAUCUCUGUGCCCCGGGCUGCCUGCAGCCUGGCACACUGCAUGUCGCCGGAGGGUCAUGCACGGGGGCACCCGUGGGACAUGAGCACAGAGCUGCUGCAAAGCGGAAGCCCUGCGGGCACAUUGAGAGGGCAAGCUGCCUCGCACCAUGCCCUCCUUCGAUGAGGUGUUGAAGGAAGCCGGGGAAUUUGGAAGAUUUCAGAAAAGGGUCUUUUUCCUCCUUUGUCAGACAGGCAUCACUUUUUCAUUCCUAUUUGCCAGCGUGGUUUUCCUUGGGCAGGUGCCGGACAACUAUUGGUGCCGGAUACCUGGGGCGGCUGAUUUAAGUGAAAAGUGCGGCUGGACGCUGGAAGAGGAGCGAAACUUCACAGUGCUGCCCCUGCUGCUGCUGGUGAAUGGCUCCUCCGGUGGGCGCUGCGAGCGUCUGGAUGUGACCUGGGAUGCGGCUGCCGGCUGUGCCAGCCCCCUCAGCCACCGCCUCGAUGGUAGAGUGGGCAGCCCACCACUCGCCACCUGCCAGGACUCCUGGGUGUACCAACAGCCCCACGCCUCCAUUGUCAGCGAGUAUAACCUUGUGUGUGGCCAUGCCUGGAUGUUGGAUCUCUCACAGGCUAUCCUCAACUUGGGCUUUCUGGCUGGUGCCUUUACCCUUGGCUAUGCAGCAGACAGAUAUGGCAGAAUCCUCAUCUACCUUCUCUCCUGCCUUGGGGUUGGGAUAUGUGGUAUUAUAGUGGCUUUUGCACCAAACUUUAGUCUAUUUUUGAUCUUCCGUUUUCUCCAAGGUGUCUUUGGGAAGGGAACCUGGAUGACAUGCUAUGUGAUUGUGACAGAGAUUGUUGGUUCUGAUCAGCGGAUCGUUGGGAUUGUGAUACAGAUAUUCUUCACCUUGGGAAUUAUGCUUCUCCCUGGAAUUGCCUACUUGGUUCCCACCUGGCAAGGGAUCCAGCUGGCCAUUUCACUGCCCAACUUCCUUUUCCUACUCUACUACUGGGUUGUUCCUGAAUCUCCACGUUGGCUUUUGACACGCAAAAAGGGAGAGAAAGCAUUAAAAAUCAUGCACGACAUUGCAAAACACAAUGGAAAAUAUCUCUCACCGCAUUACUCUGAGAUCACUGUUAGCAACGUGGAGGUCACCAAUCCCUCUUUUCUUGACCUGGUGAGGACUCCUCAGAUGAGGAGGAACACACUCAUCCUGAUGUACGCCUGGUUCACAAGUGCCCUGAUCUACCAAGGGCUUGUCAUGCGCCUAGGAAUUGUUGGAGGAAACCUCUACCUGGACUUCUUCGUCUCAGGAGCUGUUGAAUUGCCUGCUGCUCUCCUAAUUUUAAUCACAAUUGAUCGCAUUGGCCGGCGCCUUCCCUUCGCAAUAGGCAACAUUGUGGCAGGAAUUGCAUGCCUUGUUACUGCCUUCUUGCCAGAAGAUAUUCCAUGGUUCAAAACCACAGUGGCCACACUGGGAAGGCUGGGCAUCACAAUCGCUUUUGAAAUCGUGUACCUUGUGAAUUCUGAGUUGUACCCGACAACACUAAGAAACUUUGGUGUCUCCCUGUGCUCAAGUUUGUGUGACCUAGGUGGGAUCAUAGCCCCAUUUCUGCUUUUCCGAUUAGCAGCCAUUUGGUUGGAGCUACCUCUGAUUAUUUUCAGUAUUCUUGCAGUUGUCUGUGGGAUCCUAGUAUUACUUUUACCAGAGACAAAGGGAAUCUCUUUACCUGAGACGGUGGAGGAUGUAGAGCAACUUUCAGGUCACUGUGGUAAAUGUGGGAAGAAGAAGAAACACCAGAACACCAAUUCUUAUAUUUGAUCUCUAAAGGAUGAUGUUGAGCAAAGGACUGUGAUCCCAUACUGGGAAUUUCUUCUUCACUUGCCACCACUUUGAAGUUUGCUCCAGGGUAUGGAUUAAAUCCAUGUUCUUCUUCCAAGUAUAAGGACAUUCAAAAAAAGCAGUGUAUUCUUCUGUAAAUGUGAAAUAAAUUCAUUUUUUCUAA